GAGAGAUGAUUUGCCGGGUCUCGUUCUGCUGGUGUGCAGAGCUUGCCAAGGAGAUCGGAGGUUCUGAGCAGCGUGGACCACUCCCACCAGCUCACCCAGGCGACAGGUGAUGUCCAAGCCCUAUAAACCUCUGCGACACCGGAGGCACAAUCUGACUUCCUCCCAACACUAUCCGCAAGAGGAAAAAGAGGAGAUGAAUUUCUUCCAGCAGCAGCCACCAGUGCCACCAGGUGCAGCACCGGGACAGCCAACAUGCCCCCCACACCGGCAGGUGGGAGGGAAGGACCCGGUUCUCCUCCCUGAGGACUUCAAUCUGCUGAAUUUGAACCCUCAGCAGCCAGAAGGAAACAGGGGCCAACAGACAUCAAAGGGGCUGGAGAACAACCUGUGCAGACAGUACGAGGAGAAGGUGCGGCCCUGCAUCGACCUCAUCGACUCCCUGCGGGCGCUGGGCGUGGAGCAGGACCUGGCCCUUCCCGCCAUCGCUGUCAUCGGGGACCAGAGCUCGGGCAAGAGCUCCGUGCUGGAGGCUCUGUCGGGGGUCGCCCUUCCCAGAGGCAGCGGAAUCAUAACCAGGUGUCCUCUGGUGCUGAAACUGACCAAGCAGGAGUGCGAGUGGAGGGGGAGGAUCAGCUACCGCAAGGCUGUGUUCCACCUGCCCGACCCCUCCAUGGUGGAGAGGGAAAUACGCAAAGCCCAGGACAUUGUGGCUGGGACUGGAGUUGGCAUUAGCCACGAGCUCAUUAGUCUGGAGAUCACCUCCCCCGACGUCCCAGAUCUGACCCUUAUUGAUCUUCCCGGCAUCACCAGGGUGGCUGUGGGAGAUCAGCCCCAGGAUAUUGGACUGCAGAUCAAGGCACUCAUCAAAAAGUACAUCCAGAGACAGCAGACGAUCAACUUAGUGGUGGUCCCCUGCAACGUGGACAUCGCCACCACGGAGGCGCUGAGCAUGGCUCAGGAGGUGGACCCCGAUGGAGACAGGACCAUAGGAAUCCUGACCAAGCCAGAUCUAGUGGACAAGGGCGCCGAGAAAAAUGUCCUGAAAGUCGUGCAGAACCUAACAUACCAUCUCCAGAAGGGCUACAUGAUCGUGAAGUGCCGGGGUCAACAGGAGAUCACGAACAAGCUGAGCUUGGCAGAAGCGACCAAGAAAGAAAUGAUGUUCUUUCAAUCACAUCCGUACUUCAGGGGUCUCCUGGAGGAAGGAAAGGCCACGGUGCCCCGACUGGCAGAAAGACUUACCACCGAGCUCAUCUUGCACAUCAAAAAAUCGCUCCCUUUGCUAGAGAAUCAAAUAAAGGAGAGCCACCAGAGGGCGACCGAGGAGCUGCGCCAGUGUGGAGACAACAUCCCCAGCAGCGAAGCCGAUAAAAUGUUCUUUCUGAUUGAGAAAAUUAAGGUGUUUAAUCAGGACAUUGAAAGGUUAAUAGAAGGAGAAGAAAUUGUAAAGGAGAAAGAGAGCCGCUUAUAUAACAAAGUCAGAGAGGAGUUUAAAAACUGGAUGUUCAUACUUGAAGACAACACUCAAAAAGUUAAGAGUAUCAUUCAUGAAGAAGUCUCAAAAUAUGACAAGCAGUAUCGAGGCAAAGAACUUCUCGGAUUUGUGAGCUAUAAGACAUUUGAGACCAUCGUGAAGCAGCACCUCGAUCAACUGGUAGAGCCAGCCCUCGAGAUGCUCCGGAAGACUGUCGAAAUUAUCUGGCAAACAUUCAUUGACACAGCCAACAAAAAUUUUGGUGAAUUUUCCAACCUUAAUCAAACAGUCCAGAACAAGAUUGAAGACGUAAAAACAAAACAAGCAGAAAAAGCAGAAAAUCUGAUUCGACUUCAGUUCAGGAUGGAGCAGUUGGUUUAUUGUCAAGACCAGAUUUACAGCGUGGUCCUGAGCAAAAUCCGAGAAGAGAUUUUUAACCCGGUCGCAAUGCCUCCACAGAGUCUUCAAUUGAAAUUGACCAUUUUAAACGAUCAGCCUUCUGUUUCCUCCAGCACUGAGAUUGGGGUCCACCUGAAUGCGUACUUCUCGGAAACCAGCAAACGUCUCGCCAACCAGAUCCCAUUCAUCAUUCAGUAUUUUGUGCUCCAAGAGAAUGGCGAUGAUUUGCAGAAAGGCAUGAUGCAGAUACUACAGGAAAAACAGCACUAUUCCUGGCUGCUUCAAGAACAGAGUGACACUGCUGCCAAGAGGAGAUUCCUUAAGGAGAAAAUUUACCGGUUGGCUCAGGCACGACGAGCUCUCUACGAAUUCCCCCUGUUAAAGGUGUAA